AUUUUGGAAGAGAAGAAGAAAGGGGAAAAUCAUCAAGAAAGAAGAGGAGAACAAGAAACGCCCGCCCUCCUGUCAGCAAGACUGCCAGCACAGAGCUGCUUCUUGAAAUCUUUUCUCUCCUCAACGGCCAGGCCUGUAUCCUCGUCGGUUGUCAGCGUGUCGGCGAUUGGAAUGCACUCAAUUCACAGUUGAAUUAUCAACCGAGACUAGGCUCCAGAUUCCUGACCGCCGCUGAGGGCCCCUUCGACAACGGAGACAUCAGGAACACGCACAACCGGCGACAUGGCGGAUGAAGAGUUUGAAAUCGACGUCUACGGCGAUUCCGCCAAUGAUCACGGCGAUAUUGACCAGGGCUCCCAUGACCAGGGCAAUGGAGACCACCAGGGAUACGAGGGAGAGGAAGCACAAGACGGAGAUGGAGAUCACCACCACGACGACUACCCCAAUGGGCACAGAGAGGAAAAUAUGGACGAGGGUGGCGCCUCGCGGACACAAUCCGGCAGCCCUGCUCCGCAACAGCGCCCGCAGCAAGGAGUGAAGCGGAAGGAGGGUUCUGACGAACGUCCCGUCGACCCCGGCGCCACCACGGCGCUCUUGGUGUCGGAGCUCAACUGGUGGAACACAGACGACGACAUCCGCGGCUGGGUGCGACAGGCCGGCUGCGAGCACGAGCUAAAGGAGAUCACGUUUAGUGAACACAAGAUCAACGGCAAGAGCAAAGGCCAAGCCUAUGUUGAGUUUACCACGCAGCAAGCAGCCACCGCCACGAAGCAUCGCAUCGACGCGCUGGCAAACGAGACCAACCAGCCCGGCCAGAAAAGACACAGCGUGAUCUACUCGAGCCCGUCGCACAACCCGUUCCGCACGCUGCCCAAGGACGCCCCGAACCGAGCCGCUAAGGACGCGCAGGGCCGGGCGCCCGUGGGGCAGGUCUACAACGACCGCGUCGGCAACUUCGCGGGGAACAACAACUUUGGCGGCUUCCGCGGCGGCCGGGGCGGUUUCGGCGGCCCCCGCGGCGGCGCCGGCAUGAACCAGAACUUCAACCGCAACUUCGCGGGCAACAACAUGAACGCCUUCAAUGCCAACAACAUGGGCUUCAACAACCCCAUGGGCGGCGCCGGCGGCUUCGGCCCCGGCUUCGGCCGCGGCGGCAUGAUGGGCGGCGGCAUGCGUGGCGGCGGCGGCAUGCGCGGCGGCCGUGGCGGCGCCAUGAACAUGAUGGGCGGCAUGCCCAUGGGCGGCGGCAUGCCCGGCAUGGGCGGCAUGGGCGGCCCGAUGGGCGGGAUGGGCAUGAUGGGCGGUCCCAUGGGCGGUGGCAUGGGCGGCGGAAUGGGUGGUGGGAUGGGUGGUGGGAUGGGUGGUGGGAUGGGCGGCGGCAUGGGAGGCGGCAUGCCUGGCUUCCAAGGCAUGCAGCCGGGCUUCAACCCGGGCUUCUUCGGCGGCGCCGGCAACCAGUCUACCGAGUGGCAGAAUCCGCACGGCGCAAAGCGCGCUCGCGGCGAGUAGGACAACGCCGGCGUGAGUGCUAGGUACUAGGUGGACGACGGCCUCCCCUCGGACGCCGCCACCAAGGCGGAACCACAAAGAAGCGGCAGAAGGGCCGCAUGAAGAACAAAGCCGGGUAGUCCGCUCCAUUUUUUUAGGCUUCGGUAAUGCUACCUGCCUACUCACUUUCACCUCUUCCAUCAAGAUCGAACCAUCCGUUUUUGUACGAUUUAGUUCUGGGGGGCCGGCUGGCGGCGGUUUGGGCCGGUUGGUUGGGGGGGACUAUCAAACGGGAGUCCGAAUCUGCGUUUCUGACUUUACUCGCUCGCACGCUUUUGUCUGUUUUAUUAUGGGGCGUUUAGGGGGCUUUCAACGGGACAGCUAGGUUCAAGAGUUACUCAUUCCGGUUGGCUUUUUCCCUGACCUUUUUGCGGGUUACUGGUCUCUCGUUUUUCCUUCUCUGCUCUGGCUGGCAGAUUUUUUCCAUGUUUCUCCUCUCGGACUUAACGCUGCACGGCCUUCAACUAGUUAAUCAGUCAAUCAGUCAGCUCGG